GUGGUGGGCGUCAAGAAGGGCGGCACCCGCGCYGUGCUGGAGUUCAUCCGCGUGCACCCCGACGUGCGCGCGCUGGGCACCGAGCCCCACUUCUUCGACCGCAACUACGAGCGCGGCCUCGAGUGGUACAGGAGCCUCAUGCCACGGACGCUGGACAGCCAGAUCACGGUGGAGAAGACGCCCAGCUACUUCGUGACCAAGGAGGCGCCGCGGCGGAUCUUCAACAUGUCCCGCGACACCAAGCUCAUCGUGGUGGUGCGCAACCCGGUGACCAGGGCCAUCUCCGACUACACGCAGACGCUCUCCAAGAAGCCCGACAUUCCCACCUUCGAGGGGCUGUCCUUCCGCAACCGCAGCCUGGGACUGGUGGACACCUCCUGGAGUGCCAUCCGCAUCGGCCUCUACGCGCUGCACCUGCAGAGCUGGCUCCAGUACUUCCCCCUCUCCCAGAUCCACUUUGUCAGCGGGGAGCGGCUCAUCACGGACCCGGCCGGGGAGAUGGGCAAGGUGCAGGACUUCCUGGGCGUGCGGCGCGUCCUCACGGACAAGCACUUCUACUUCAACAAGACCAAGGGCUUCCCGUGCCUGCGGCGGGCAGCAGGCGGCAGCGCGCCCCGCUGCCUGGGCAAGUCCAAGGGGCGGACGCACGUGCAGAUCGACGCCGAGGUCAUCGAGCAGCUGCGCGACUUCUACCGGCCCCACAACGUGCGCUUCUACGAGACCGUGGGGCAGGACUUCAGGUGGGAGUGAGGCGGGC